AUGGUGAAUUUUUACCGUCGGUUCCUUCAGCAUUGCGCCGACAACAUCCAGCCGCUCACGAGCCUCCUCUCUGGUCCCAAACGUUCGUUUGAGCUCUCUGCAGACGCCCUCGCUGUUUCUGGCAAGGUGAAGGCUGACCUGGCCGACGCCACCCUUCCGACGCAUUUUUCUCCCAAUGCUCCCAUCUCCCUCAUAGUUGACGCCCCCAAUGUUGCAGUAGGCGCGGUUCUCCAACAGUACCUUGCAGGUCACACCCAACCCUUAGCUUUCUUCUCCAGGAAGUUAUCAACUGCCGAGACGCGCUAUAGCACAUUUGGACGGGAGCUCCGCUCUGUCUACCUCGCCGUGAAACACUUUCGGCACUUCCUCGAGGGCAGGGACUUCACUGUGUUCACAGAUCACCAGCCCAUUUCGUUCGCUCUCAAGUCCACGCCCGACAAGCUCAAGCCCCGGGAAAUUCGCCAACUGGACUACAUCUCGCAGUUUACCUCAGACAUCCGUCACAUGGACGGGUCAAGCAAUGAGGUGGCUGACGCACUGUCCAGGCCCUCCGUCGCACAUCAACUUUCUCCCGGGACCGACCUAGCUGAGAUGGCUACCGAGCAACGCCGUGUUUGUUCUCCCUGUGACGAUGACGUUUCCGGACUCCAACUCCAGGACCUGCCACUGACUACUGGCAACGGCACCAUUCUCUGCGACGUCUCCACCACUUCCCACCGUCCCUUUGUGCCGCCAUCCCUCCGCCGCAAAUUCUUCUUCUCCCUGCACCACCUAUCGCACCCUGGGAGUCGAGCUACCAACAAGCUGGUUUCCGACCGCUUCUUCUGGCCUUGGAUGCACAAGGACCUCAAAGCCUGGACACGAGCGUAUCUCGGCUGUCAACAGAACAAGGUACAACCGCAAUACAAAGCCCCCAUCGCCACCUUCCCCACUCCGGAUAGACGGUUCAGUCAUGUCCACCUGGACAUCGUAGGCCACCUGCCUCUCUCCAAUGGCUGCUUCUAUCUUCUUACCUGCGUGAAUCGAUUCAUCCGCUGA